AUGUCCAAGUUCUCUCUUUUAAAUUCUCUUCCACUUGAACUCGUCCUUAAUAUUUUGGACCACGUGUCGGACUAUGAAACUCUCCUGAAGUGCAGGGAGGUUUGCCACAACUUGAAAGAUUUGGUUGAUCAAACACCCACUCUACAAUAUACCAUUAAUCUUGCUGUUGCGGGACAAGAAUCUUGUUGCGCUAAUGUUGAUUCACCCGCCGCUCUUCUCGACGCGCUCAAGCGGCACCAGAACGCCUGGGACGAGUUGAAGUGGAGUCGGCAAUCGCGUCUCCCGAUGCGAUCAGGAGGGUUGUGGGAGUUGUACGGUGGCGUACUUGCUCAGAGCGACGAAAAAGGUGGCAUCUCUUUUAUCAGGCUUCCCUCGGACCUUCGCUCUAUCGAGGAGAAACAGUGGUCUCUUGGCCCGAGUUUUCCUUGUCCUGUGCGUGAUUUUGCAAUGGAUCUAUCGCAAGAUCUGCUUCUUCUCAUCGAGAAACCUCAUUGGGUGGGACAGACCGCUGACCAUACUUACCGACUGCACAUUCGCACCUUGACCACAGGCGAACCACAUCCCGAGGCCAAGGGAGGGACAAUCUUAUCUAACAUUCAGACUUUCAGAGAUGAGGAUACUUCAUAUACGAUACAGAUAUCUGGUCAUUAUGUGGGUGUGCUAUUCAACAGCGUGCACGUCGAUGGGACCGAACUCGUCAUCUGGGAUUGGAAAACGAGCCAAGUGCAAAUGCACCUCGUUGGAAAUCAAAUCCGAUCUUUUUCUUUUCUCUCCCAGGCAUUCGUUGUGAUAUGUCUGUUCAGGGAAGUCGACGACGGCGAUUACGUACCCGUUCUUCUUAUAGUGGACGUUGAAAAGGAAACGGAAAGACCUCAACGCCCCAGUGACGUCCAGUAUUCGUUCUCUUUCCAUUUCCCCCAUCUUGAGGAAGAUGUCCACCAACUCGCGUUCCAAAUUCAAUCCGAUCCAGCUCCUUUAUGGCAGGCACACCGCGAUCCGCGUGUUCCAUUCUAUAUGGACAAAAAUAAUUCGCUAUACGUUGUUUCGCUGUGGGUUCAAGUCGAAGACGCUGUUCGGUGUGUCACCACACUCGUGCCUUCGACCACCUUCCUCGCCUGUAUCAAUGGGGUAGACUCAAAAGACCCAGCGGAUCACAAGGUGGAUUUUGUCUGGGAUUUCUGGGGUCCUCGCGGUACUCGGAUGAUAGAGCCGGCUCAACCACAUUCGAUCGUUUGGGUCUGCUACGUAUACGGCUCAAAAUAUGUCGUUUCCGAGACAGGCGAGAAUGCUAGUCUUUCCAUCAAAAUUUAUGAUUUCAACCAGUUAGCCCUUAAAAGAGGCUUAUCAACAGCGCCACACACGCAAACCACGGCAUCGUCUGCGAAACUCUUGCAGCAUGAUGUUUCACUUGGUCAGCAAACACAGUACCAGAUUUUCCCGACACUUCUUGAAGGUGGUGACAUAUUCGAAGAAGACGUCCAAACGUUUUUCCCAUAUCGAUCACGGACGUUGGCUUUGCCUUUUAACUACAAAUGCUCUGUGAUGUGCAGUGAGGAUAGCAUUAUCAUUGUUGAUUCACGUCUCGAUCACAGGGAAUACACCCUCUUAACCUUCUGA